UUGUUCCUGGACUCUAGUAAAUAACUAAGAUAUUUAUGAGAUAAAUAUAUGCAUCUAUUGUACGCUUUAUUAUAGUUUUUCAAUAAAGAAACAAUAGUGUUUUCUGGUACCUUCCCCAGCACCAAUUUUUUACUUACAUUAAACAUGAUACUUCUUUUUUUUCUUAGUAAAGUAGGAAACAAGAAGAUUCAUUGAAGAAAAGGGAAAAUUACGUUGGAUACUCCAUUUCUUUAGAAACAUCUUUAAUUGGAGUUGUCUUGUGAAGCAUAGCAAAAAAAUAUGUAGCUUGUGAUAAUGUUGAAACAUUACUUGUUACCUAAACUUUCUUCUACUGUCUUUUAAUACCUAUUCAAUGCUCUUUCAAAAUGUAGAAUAUACAUUUCAAAUGAGGAUAUAUCAUUUUGGGAGGAGAAUAAUAUUGGUCCAGCAGUUAAAAUUGAUAGUAUGCGUGAUGUUUUGCGUGUAUUUGUCAAUGGCCAGCUUGAAGGCACUGUGAUAGGUCGUUGGGUGAAGGUUUUCCAGCCUGUACAUUUUGUCAAAGGAUAUAAUGAUCUAGUGUUCUUAUCUCAAACUGUUGGCCUGCAGAAUUAUGGUGCAUUCUUGGAGAAAGAUGGAGCAGGGUUUAGAGGGCAAGUUAAACUUACUGGAUUUCAAAAUGGGGAUAUAGACCUCUCAAAGUCUUUAUGGACCUACCAGGUUGGGCUCAAGGGAGAAUUCUUGAAGAUAUAUGCUGCAGAAGAAAAUGAAAAGGCAGGGUGGACUGAUUUAACUCCAAAUGUUGAUCCAUCGAUAUUAAGAGAGUCGCCAUCUAUUUCAGUUCGGGAGUCACAAGAUGAUUCUUAG